GAUACUCUCGACUGGAAGACAUUUCGCAGGCAAAAAUGAAAAACAUCUGCCAGAAUUCCCUACUGCAGCCCAAGACACGGUUUCAGCUGUUGGCCACAGUGAUCGUGAACAUCAUAAUGUUUGGUCAUGGCGUUGGUGUGGGUUGGCUGUCGCCGACUUUAACGAAGAUCCAAACCCCCGAUUCGCCUCUGGACUUUGCAGUGAACAUCGACGAGAUAUCCUGGCUGGGUUCGAUGCUCGGUCUGGGCAGUUUGUGCGGCAAUCUGACGAUGGCUCUGCUGCUGGAACGAGCCGGGAGAAAGUUUUGCAUUUAUCUAAUGGCCGGACCGAAUGUGUGUCUGUGGAUUCUCAUUUACUGCGCCUCGAAUGUGGGCUAUCUGUAUGCAGCGCGAUUCCUGUGUGGAUUUACUGGAGGCGCUGGUUAUGUAGUAAUUCCCAUUUUCAUCAGUGAAGUGGCCGAUUCCAGCAUUCGAGGUGCCCUGAGCUCUAUGCUGAUGUUAUCUGUCAAUCUAGGAAUACUGGCUGGCUAUAUAUUGAGCACUUAUCUGCCAUACCACAUCGUUCCCUAUUUGGGAAUAUUGUUGCCCAUUUCGUACUUUUUGGCCAAUUUUUUGCUACCCGAAACACCACCAUAUCUUCUCAAAAGGAGCCAACUGAGUGCAGCCGAGCAAUCGUUCAGAUACUAUAGAAAUCAACAAACAGGAGAAACGUCUAAGGCACAAUUUGAAGAGCUGAGAACAGCAAUACUGGCCCAGCAGGUCCAGAACAAAACAUCCUUGAGUUACAGAGAUUUGACUACCAGGCCCGCUCUGAAGGCUAUCGGUGCAGCGGCUGUCCUGUGCAUGGGAUACCAGUUCAGUGGCGUCUUCAGUUUCAUCAACUACAUGUCUGAUAUAUUCGCCUCAUCUGGAUCGGUGCUGGACGUCAACACCUGUACGAUCAUCAUCGGAGCAGUGCAAAUUAUAGGAGUCUAUACCUCGACCAUAUUCGUGGACAUCGUUGGACGACGGCUGCUCAUGCUGAUAUCUACCUUGGGUGUGGGCAUUGGAUGCAUCGCCUUUGGCUGCUUCACCCACUUCGCGCAGAUCUACGAUCUCAGCGAGUUCAAUUGGCUGCCACUGGCAUUGAUGAUUCUCAUUGUGUACCUGGCCAACAUCGGGCUUAUUGGGAUUUUCUUCCUUGUGUUGGUGGAACUCUUUCCAUCUAAGAUACGCUCUCUGGCUACCUCCAUAUCGGUGAUAUUCCUGAGUAUCCUGGUCUUCUGUACCUUGAAGCUAUUUCCCCUGUUCCUUCACUUUUGGGGCAUAUCGAUUACGAUGUGGUUCUCGGCCAUCUCGGCAUUGCUUACUUUUGUUUAUUUUUUGUUGUUCUUGUCCGAAACCAAGGGAAAAUCUAUGAUUGAAGAUUAAAACUUUAUCUAA